ACUCGAGAACCUUCUCUUCUUCCCCUCUCUCCUCCCUCCUCGCCUCGAGGUGGAAGCCCGGUACAGCGCCGCCCCGGCGACUCGCCGCCAUCGCCCUCGCUCCGGUUAGGGCCUUAGCGGGCCGCAUCUGCCGCGGGCGGGGGCGGCAGCUGCGGCGCCUUCACUCUUCGCCAUCAGCUGCUCAGUGCUCUCCCUUCACCAUCGCCGCCGUCUUCCAAUACCCCAAGAUUCAUGGAUCUGAAACUUACAGCUGGAAGCAUUGUGGGCCAUUUGAAAACAUUUAUCGGCAACCAUUAAUUCAGAACCUACUGUUGACCAGGUGCUUGCAGCUGUUAGCCACCAGCCUCUAUCAUCCACUGCAUCAUUGUAGCCAUCAUCCUCCACCCGACCACCCCAAGAAUCAUGAAGGCACUUGCAUUUGCUGGUAUCGCAGGUGUUGUGAUCCCUCUUAUAGCACCAGAGAUUGUAAGGUUACGAAAUGCCCUUGAGGAUGACCUUGUGCAAAAGUACAACUCAGUAAAUGGCAUCAAAGAUGAAUUGAUGUCACUCACAUAUGAGCUUUCGAGCAUACAAUCAUGGGUGGAAAAGCUCGAGCAAAUCAUCUGGCCAUGCGACGAGAUGCUUGAUUGGUCUCGAAGAGCUACUAAGAUACGGUAUGAAGUGGACCACUACAUCUCUGAGUUCUUAUGUGAGGAGAACUCAUGUACAAGGGAUUUCAUAGUCAGGUAUAUGCUCGUGGAUCAUGUAAAGGACUUGAAGAGAAGAUUGAAAAUGCUUGCUAAGAACUAUAAAAGCAGUAAUUGGGAUCAACUAACAUCUUCAAAUAUGCUUGAUGGAAUGGGCUGCAGAGCUUCAUCUAUCCUAACACAAGACCAUGGAGACCUUCUCGGUUGUCAGGGGCAGCUCAAUCACCUCAUUGGCCUCUUGCAGAUUCCAAAAUCUCCUGACAGCCUCAAGGUUAUCACCAUUGUAGGCAGUGUUGGUUCAGGAAAAACAGCUUUAGCACUAGAAGCAUUCAACUCAAUCGGCAACGAGUUUGAGAGCAGGGCAUCAAUAUGUGUCUCUGGUUGCGUUGAUACUAGAAGCUUACUCAAGGAUAUCUGUAUGCAAGUUGGUGCUGUGGAUCUAUUGUCUGGUGAACUUUAAACGAAUCAUCUAAUUCGAAAGAUCUCUGCUUUACUAGCAACAAAAAGGUACUUGAUUUUGUUGGAUGAUUUAUGGAGAACAGGAAUGUGGGAAAGCUUAAAACCAGCAUUUCCUAAUAACAAACUUGGUAGCAAAAUUGUUUUAACCACUAGGCUUAACAGUGUUGCGCUCAUCUGCUCGAAAAGGAAAGAGUUAGUUCUAAAGAUGUCACCCUUAAAUGAUGAUGAAUCUAGAAAAUUGUUUCUCUAACAUUUAUGGCACAGACAAUUGCCCUCUUCAAUUUGAAAGAAACAUGGGAAUCAUAUUGAAGAAAUGUGGUGGCACUCCAUUGCUGAUUUUGAAAAUGGCUGGUCACAUUUUAGGGCGUGGGCCUAUGCGAAUAGAUGCUUGGGAGGAGAUAUCAUCAGAGUUGAACUGCUUUCGGGAAUGCUCCCAGUCAGAAUCCCUUCAUUCUCUCCAUCAGAAUAUGUUCCUGAGUUAUACACUUCUGCCAAGGCAGCUGAAAGAUUGUGCUCUAUUCUUGGCCGGAUUUCCACGGGGCAGCAUUGUUGAUAUUGAUGUUGUAAUUUCGUCAUGGAUAGCAGAAGAUCUUGUGCCUACCCCAACUUGCUUGGGAAAAAAGGCUAUGUUGUUGUUGUUGUAUAGCAGAAGAUCUUGUGGCUUCAAGGUCUAGUGGAGCAGCAAAUGUGGAUGAGUUGAUUAAUCAACAUUUGUUGGAGCCUGUGCAAACUGCUGCAGAUGGAAAGGCUGAGUCGGUUAGAGUUUCGAGUCUCGUGCAUGAUAUGCUAGCAAAGAUAUCUUAUGAUAAAGGGUUCUACACGGCUGCCUCAAGGCCUGUAUCAAGAUUGGAUAAGACUAGGCUGAAUCGGCUGUCUCUUGUUUCAGAAAAUGCGGGCUUCAUUGCUGACAACAAUCUAAUCAGUCAUCAUACAAGAGCAAUGAUAUUGUACUCCUGCAGAGGUGUUCCAAGCCUCUCCACGUGCAAAUUCUUGCGACUGCUGCUAGUACACCGGUGCAUUGACUUCUCCAAUGCAAAUCUAAAAUCAAUUGUUCAGCUUGUGUACUUGAAAGCUUUGAUACUCAACACGCCGUCGGUAACACAACUGCCUCGUCAAUUUCAUAAGUUGCAAAUGCUAGAGUCACUAAUUAUACAAGACUCUUCAGUGACCAAGCUGCCAAAUAGUAUUAUCAAUUUUGAGAUGUUGACAUGCCUGAAAGUUGGCGAGGUAGCGUUUCCUUCUGGCAUAGCAAGGUUGCAAAAGUUGGAGAAACUAGAGAUAUUUGAUGUCGGUUCAAGCGUUGAAAAUGCUGUAAAAGAGCUCGGGAGCCUGUAUAACUUGAGGGUAUUUUCAUGUUGCUGGGGCUUAAGUACCAUCAAGCAAAAAGAUGAUGUUCGCAUUUUCUGGUUUGAGACAUCCCUUGGGGAGUUGGUCACAAAAGGUAAACUUGAGGAGCUAACGCUGAGCGGAGGAAAUGAGUCUAUGGUCCGUAUUCUUGCACUGAGGUUUUUCAGAUUUGACACCAUGGUAAAGCUUCGAAAGCUCUGCGUGGAGAACCAAUGCUUUAUGAUCCGUGUUCCCCCAUUCACAUCGUAUUACUUGAGGCUUGCGCAUGUGUCGGUAAGCAUGAAAGUUAUUGAAGCGGAAGAUGUGACAGCACUUGGCAAGUUGCCUUCUUUGGCACUUCUAAAGUUGUGGAUUGAAAGUCCUGUAUCUAUUGAGUUUGGCAAAGAUUCAUUCUUGCAGCUCCACCGUUUUUUUGUCUUUUCAGAUGCUCUUGAGCUCGGUUUCAAAGAAGGAUGCCUCUCUAAGCUUGAGAAGCUGCACUUAAAGACCUCAAGUGAAGUUCAAGUCUUGGACCUGGAUAAGGUGUCGUCUUUGAAUGCCCUGUUUGUAAGCAUUGUGGGUUCAUGUGCCACUAUUGCUAGUGCUAUAGCGACUGCGGUAAAUAAAGCAACAGCUAAGUGUAAAGGUGUAAGAGUGAUCAUUAUGACUGAGACGAUAAGAGAUGAAGCUGGUCCAUUGUUCGGCGAAGUUUAGGUGUAAAGAUUUCGCUACUCAUCUGCAAUUUUGGUGGUAGAUUCCUAGACAUUUUUUGCUGAUGGUAGAACCCUUGUUUUGUAUUCUGUCAAGUUAACAGAUCAGCUGAUGUUGAUGGUAGAACAGAACCCUUGUUGGGUAUCCCUUAGGGUGCGAAUGAGCUAAUCCCUGCGAUGUUUUUGUAUGUUAUUGUGAAUGAUAUUUGUAACAUGAGAUUUACGGUGGUUAGAGGUGGAUCUGGGAUUUUGUUGGAUUUGAUUGCUUGCUGUCUUUGGGGUAAUAUGCUUCUGCUACUUUUGAGCUUUGUUGUUCAUA